AUGUUUAAGAUACGUAAAGCGAAGGAAGAGGAGCCCACUGCUCCAGGGCAGGUGAGGAUUAAAAAGAGGUCCCGGGUGCCGGGAGUCAUGAUCACUCAGUUUGUGGAGGAGCUACCUGAGGGCAUGACUACUCCAGAUUUCACCCGCAAGCCCAUCGCUCUCACUCUUCAGGAAGGAAAAACUGCUAUCUUCCGAGCAAUAGUCGUCGGUAAACCAGCACCAACCGUGACCUGGUUGAGAAAUAAUGGGGAAAUUGACCAAGAAAGGUACAAAAUUGUCUUCGAUGCAGGCACUGGGGAACACCAACUACAGAUGCCUGAUGUAUGUGUGGAUCAAGCUGAUACCUACAAGUGUUACGCCGAAAACGAAUAUGGAAAGGCUGUUGUAACUGCUACGCUUAACGUUAUUGAAGUUGGCUUUAAAAAGAACAGAGCCAUGCAAGAAUCAAGAACAGCUAUCCGAGAGGUACCCGAGGAUUUCAAAAAGAAUUUGAGAACUAUGGUUGACACCGAACCGAAGGAAGAGGCAAAGCUUGAAAUCGAUGACAAGUUUUGGGAUCUGCUGUUAAGUGCAGAUAAGAAAGAUUACGAGCGCAUCUGUGCGCAGUAUGCCAUCACUGACUUCCGUUGGAUGCUGAAGAAACUAAAUGAGAAAAAGGUAGAAAGGGAGAAAGAGCAAGAAAAGGUUGUUGAAAGACUUUGCAACCUGAAGCCCAUUGAACUGAGAGAUGAUGGUGGUGCAGAGUUUGAACUUGAAAUGUCCCUCAAAGAUACUUCCAGCAAAAUUUUCCUAUACAAGGACGGAGUGAUGGUUCCUUUUGAUGUUGACACAGAGGUAAAACACGGAUUGAAGCAAGUGGGAAAGAAGUUUGUGUUUAGCAUCAAUGGGAUUAAUCCUGAGGAUGCGGGAUUAUACCAAGUGGAAGUUGAUGGAGUAAAGAUCUUCUCAACUGACUUAAAACUUCCCAACGCAGACUUCUUGGUCAAGAUUCAGGACGUGACUGCAGAGGAGAGAGAGGAUGCUCUGUUCGAGUGUGUGGUAUCACAACCACUGAAAAAGAUUACUUGGAAGGGGAAGAAUGUCCCACUGGAGCAGGGAGAAAAAUUUGACAUUCUUGUGUCAGAAGACAUGCUGAUUCACUCAUUGUUGGUGAAGGACUGUAUGCCACUGGAUAAAGGGAUUUAUGCGGCUGAAGUUGGGCUUACAUCCUGCAGCGCCUGGCUUAUAGUGGAAGUUGAUAAAGAUCCAAACUCAGCUGGAAAGAAAAAAGUUCGCAAGACCACUCGGGCAGGUGGUGGAGGAGCAGAUCUUCUCAGGAUUGCUCAGGAGCAAAAUGCUAUAGUUCAGAAAGAGAGAGAGGCUUUGAUUGCAAAGGCGAAGGCAGAGGCAGAAGCAGCAGCAGCAGUAGCCGCCGCGCUGGCAGCUGAGAAGGCAGAAGCUGAAGCUAAAGCCAGAGAAGAAGCAGAAGCCAGAGCUAAAGCUAAAGCUGAAGCAAAAAAGGCAAAAGCACUGGCAAAGAUGAAAGCAAGAGAAGAAGGGGCAAAAGGCAGAGACGGUGCAGAAGCUACGGCUGAAGAGGAAGAUGAGGAUAUAAGCGAGGAGGAAGACGAGGAAGAGGAUGUACAGGAAGGGGAAGAAGCAGGUGAACCUGCUAAACCAAAACCUAAGAAGAAGAAAGAAGCACAGGAAGGAGAGGCUCCUGCAGAAGUUGCUGAAACUGAAGGAGAGGAGCCUGUUCAAGAGAAAAGAAAGAGAGCAAGAGCAGGACCACUUGUCCCAGAUACUGUCGUUGACCCAGGAGUUUACUUCACCAGUGGACUGUCAGAUGUACAUGCUAUUAUUGAUACUGAUGCAGAACUGGUCUGCAGGUUGAGCAAUGAGGAGUGUGAUGGAGUCUGGUACAAAAACGGGGAAGAAAUAACAGCUACAGACAAUAUCUGCAUUGUUAAAGACGGCACUUAUCGUAAACUAAUUAUCAAAAACUGCAAAGAAGAGGAUUCCGGAAAGUACAAAUGCGAAGCCGAUGGACGGAAAACUGAAGCUGCUCUAAUUGUUGAAGAUCCACCAAGAAUCAAUGAGGAUGACCUUGCUGAGUUCAUAAAACCUGUGAAAAUCAAACGUGGAAAAGACGCAGCUUUCAAGGUAACAUUUGUCGGCCGUGAACCCAUGAAGAUCCAGUGGUACAAUGAGGGUGAAGAACAGCUGGAGGACAGUCAAAUCAAGAUUGAGAGGUCCUCCUCCCACAGCCGCCUGCUGUUAACCAAGUGCCAACGCAAAAUCUCAGGAGAAAUUAAGAUUAAGAUUAAAAAUGAAUUUGGAACAACUGAGGCCAUCACACAACUCAUUGUACUGGAUAAACCAACACCACCCAUGGGUCCUGUGGACAUCAUUGAAAGUUCAGCUAAUUGCAUUGAGUAUAAAUGGAGACCUCCCAAAGACAGCGGAGGUUCACCCAUCACUGACUACAUCCUGGAGCGCCAGCAAAUCGGCCGAAACAGCUGGAAGAAGUUGGGCAAGAUUGGCCCAGAGCCUAAGUACAAGGAUGUUGACGUGGAUCAUGGAAGAAAGUAUUGCUACCACAUCAGGGCUGAAACUGAUCAAGGCACGAGUGAAAUGAUAGAGACUGAUGACAUCCAGGCAGGGACAAAGGCAUACCCUGGACCUCCAUCUACACCAAAAGUUGUCAGUGCUUUCAAAGACUGUAUCAAUCUCGCCUGGUCUGCACCUUCUAAUACCGGAGGAACCAACAUUUUGGGAUACAAUGUGGAAAAACGCAAGAAUGGCAGCAAUCUGUGGAGUCAGGUCAACCCACCUGAUGAGCCCAUCAAAACUAGAGAGUAUGGCGUGAAGGAUGUUGUUGAAGGCUUUGAGUACGAGUUCCGAGUGUCAGCUAUUAACAUUUCUGGAGCGGGAGAACCAAGUACACCUUCUGAAUUUGUGUUUGCAAGAGAUCCAAAGAAGCCCCCUGGUAAAGUUAUUGACCUAAAGGUGACAGACUCCACAUACACCACCUUAUCACUGGGCUGGACCAAACCCACAGAGGAGGAAGGAGUCCAAGAUGAGGCCAAAGGAUACUUUGUGGAGCUUAGACCAGCAGAAAACCCAGAAUGGGGCCGCUGUAACUCCAGUGCUAUCCUUGUGACUUCCUACACCAUUAUGGGUCUGAAGUCUAUGGCCAUGUACUGGGUGAGAGUUGUAGCUACCAAUGAAGGUGGAGAUGGUGAGCCCCAAGAGCUUGACAACUACAUCAUUGCAAUGCCUCCUCCAGUGAGACCUCGUUUCACUGACAAAAAAAUGAAGAAUUUUAUAGUAAUGAGAGCUGGCAACUCUGCUCGAGUCAACUUCAACUUUGAGGCCUCUCCAAUACCAACAAUCACAUGGCUCAAGGAUGACCUGCCUGUAGCUAAGCAUGUGACAGUGAGCAACUCAGACACAUCAUCGCAGUUAAUAAUCCCCGCAGCAGAGCGUCAUGACACUGGGAUCUACACCAUCAUUGUCAAGAAUCUUGUUGGUCAGGAGACCUCCAGCGUUGAGAUAAGAGUCACAGAUGACCCAAAGCCUCCAGGCCCCGUGGAGCUGGAGGAGAACGUGUCUGGAACAGUGACAAUCUCCUGGACUCCAUCUCCAGAUGAAAAGAAAGAUGACAGGCUGCACUACAUAGUCACCAAGUGCGAUUCUGUUAAGCGCACUUGGCAAACUGUGGCUGAACAUCUAUUCAACAACAAGUUCACUGCCAUCAAUAUCAUGCCAGGCAGGCAGUACAAGUUCCGGGUCUAUGCCAAGAACGACAUGGGACUCUCCCAACCCUCUGAGUCACCAACCUGGGAGGUGAAGAGGAAGAAAGAAACAUUUUCUUUGACGCUUCUUGAAACUAAGGACUGCAACUUUGAGACGCCUCCCUCGUUCUCUGUUCCACUGAAACUGCACAGCAGUCCAGAGAGCUACGAGUGCUACAUGAGCUGUGCUGUGACAGGAAACCCCAAGCCCCAUGUUACCUGGUACAGAAACAACGUCAGCCUCAACACCAACACUAACUACUACAUCACCAACACAUGUGGGGUCUGCUCCAUGGUGAUACUCAAAGUUGGGUCCAAGGACAGUGGAAAUUACUCUGUCAUUGCUGAAAACCCAAUAGGCAGAGUGGAGUGUUCCACUAAACUUGUUGUUAAAGAGUAGGAUGAUGCAGUGAUCCUGAACUGCCCAACAAGCCUGCUCCAUUUCAUUAAAUGGAACAUAAUUUACCAAUUGAAAA